GCAUAACUGUGAUGGUUUAAAACGUUGGCUAGAAGGAAGUUCAAUCCUAAAACCAAAACCAGAAACUAAACCAGAAAAUUGAAGAAGUCCAAAGACUGCAAUCAGCAUUUAAGCCAGAAAAGGCUGACACACAAGCUGCAGAAAAGCGACUUCCUGUUCUGAGAAGCAGCUUAUUUUAGUUUGCUUUUUCUUUUUAAAAAGGCACACGGAAGUGUUGAAGGAUUCUGCCUAGCGUUGACACUCGCUUGCGUUGUUUUGGGGGGGGGUCUUCUGAAUUCUUUCUGGGGAUUUUUAAGGGCUUUCUUUGUGGGUGGGGGGUGAUCAACCAUGACCAGAGCUUCGAAGGGAUCCAGAACUAAGGAGAACUGGUCCAGUUCUCUGCUCAGCAACCAAGAAAACGACCGGCUUUCGGAGCUGCUGGGACGAAAGUGCGUGAGUCUCGUCUCUACAGUGGUUCAGCUGUGCAUGGCCCUGCCGAACAGCAGGGAUCGCUGGAGCCGCCAGCACUGCGGGGUUGUGUGCUUUGUGAAGGACAACCCCAAGAGAUCCUUCUUCAUCAGGCUGUAUGACCUCACGGAGGGGACUUUGAUCUGGGAGCAGGAGCUGUAUAAUCAGUUUGAAUAUUGCGCAAGGUUCCCGUUCUUCCAUACUUUCUCCGGAGAUGACUGUCAGAUAGGGCUGAACUUCGCCAACGAGAAUGAAGCGGACGCUUUCAGGGAGAGUGUGGAGCAGAAGAUUAAUCAGCGAUUGAACCGACAAGAAAAAAAACAGAGCCUCCCUCCUCCCCCUGUUUCUGCUGAUGACAGAAGAGGUGGACUGCCUCCUCUCCCGCCGCCAAAUGGCUCCAGGUCCCCUGCCUCGAUCCCGAUGGCCACCCUUGACAUCCAGAACAGCGACGUUGCCAAGUCCCGUAGCCGCUCUGCCUCGACACCGGCCCCCGCCUCGCUGGCCCUCGACAAGGGCAAGAAGGAGAAGAAAAAGUCGAGCAAGAAAUCCAAGCUGAGCAAAGCCGACAUAGGAGCGCCCAGCAGCUUCGUGCACGUGUCUCACGUUGGCUGGGACCCCAAUACUGGAUUUGAUGUUAACAACAUGGACCCCGAUCUGAAGUGUCUCUUCUCCAAAGCCGGGAUCAGCGACGCUCAGCUGGCGGACGCAGAGACUUCCAAACUGAUCCACGAUUUCAUCGAGCAGUCAGGCGGGCUGGAGGCCGUGAAGGAGGAGAUGAGGAGGCAAGAGCCUUACCCUCCUGCUCCUCCAUCCCGCAGCGGCCCUCUCCCCCCGGUCCCGUCUCCUGCCCCCCCAGGGAGGGCUCCCGAGGCCUGGGGAGGGGGGAUAGGGUCCUGUCCGGGGUUGUGCCUGGGGGACAGUGCCGCUCUCCCGCGAGGCGCCCGGGGAGGGUUGUCUUUUCCCAGGUCGGAGGUGGGGGCGGGUCGAGGUUCUCCCCCACGUGGGCUCCAGAGGGGGUGCAGGCGAGUCCCUCCCCCUCCCCUCCGUGGCACCAGGCGGGAGGAUCCUCCCCGUGGGGGGCACCCUAGGUGUGGAGGGGAAGGGGGAGGACCUCCCCUCGUCCCCCUUCCCGAGGAGGGGGUUGGUGGCCGCCCCCCCCUCCCGCGAGGGGAGGGGGGCGGGGGGCAGGGGAGGAGCCCCCCGGGGGGGCCCUCUCACACUGGAUCCUCCCCCCGACCGGCCCCUCCGCCCGCGGCAGGAGGACGAGGCGCUCUGUUGGAUCAGAUCGUCAUGGGCAAGAAGCUGAAAAGUGUGCCCGACAGGACAGACUCUGCUCCCUCCGGUCCGGCUGAGAGCAGCGAAGGCCUGGUGGGGGCGCUAAUGAUGGUGAUGCAGAAGAGAAGUAAAGUCAUCCACUCCUCAGAUGAGGAAGAGGAAGACAGAGGGGAGGACGAUGACGACGAUGACUGGGAUGACUGAUCGUGUGGCUUUCUU